AUGUACAUCACCCUCUACUACAUAGUCACCCGCCUCCCUGACUCCAUUCGCUUAGUCAGGGACCACUUCCUCUCAGUUUGCCCCACCACACUCACCGUUGACCUCCUCGAGGAGCGCCUCCUAGCAGCAGAGAAAAGCAUAGUUGCUGUAGGAGCCUCUCGUGGUGACCCUCGCACCCCCGUCUUUGAGGGGUGUUCCCCCUUCCCCCUCUUGCCCUCUGUUGCUUCUGCUACUGCGGCCGACCUCGUUGGUUUCGAGUCGGUCGGCGCUGCGUCUGCCCCCGUGGGAGACGCCGCACCGGCAAGGGCAAGGGGGGCAAGGGGGCUGGAGGGGCUGGCAGGGGAGGAGGUGGAGGUGGUGGUGGAAGCAGUGGAGGGGGUGGGGGUGGUGGUGGGAGUGGUGGCACGGGUGGAGGUGUUGGUGCCAGCAGUGGAGGCGGUGGAGGCGGCGGCGGUGGCGGAGGGAGCGGAGGCGGCGGAGGUGGUGGAGGUGGCGGAGGUGGCGGAGGCGGCGGCAGCAGCGGUGGACUUGGUUGCGGCUCUACGCAGAGGAGUGGGUCCGGUGGUGGUCCGCGCCAGCAGGAGCAGCGCAGUCGUGAGACCAUGUCCCCUCAGCAGCUGCGUGAGUGUCUGA